AUGGCUACCUGUCAAGGGCCUCCUGAGGUUGAAGAUAUCCGUCGGCCACAAGAAAAUUCAGUUAGCCAACCAGAAGACACUGCUGUUGAGGACGGCGAGUGUUUAGAAACACAAAAAUCCCAAGCUGAACGAUAAAAAUCAGUUGGCUGUGUUGGAUGCAAUCCAACAAUUGGGUGCCGAGAUGGCAUUCUUUGAAACAUGAUCUGGCUCUGCUCAAAACAUCAAAGAGUUUGCAAACGCAAGCGUCAUGAUAGCUCUGACGAGGAAGAAUGCGUGUUAGAGUCAGAUGACAGCCAGGAGAAGGAUAAUCCUGCCCCUUCUAUUAAUACUCGUAUCAAAUAUUUAAUUGCCAGGAAAGAACAAACCUCAGCUGCAGAUAAUAUAGAUACUGGAGGCUUGUUGGGCGAAAUUGCACCCGACCUGAAAGUCAAAGAACAAACUGGCAAGGCUGUCAACGACGAGCUCGCCGCCAUUGUGGAUUCUUUAUUGGCGGAAAAACUCUCUGACACAAAACUGCAGGCAAAAAGUGGAUCUUUAUCCGCGACCUGA